ACAUUGGGGAGCUGUAGUGAGGGAUGUAAACACAAGUUUGAGCCGUGGCUGACCAGUUGUGGCCAACUUUCACUGUGUUUGAUGUUAAUAUCCAUGCCAGUAGACAUCAACAACCUUGCUGAUGGCUGGCUUGAACUCGAGAGUGAUCCAGGAUUGUUCACGCUACUUUUGGAGGACAUGGGAGUACGAGGAGUUCAAGUUGAGGAAAUAUACGAUCUGCAAAAGUCAUUUGAAGGCAAAGUGUUCGGGUUUAUUUUUCUAUUCAGGUGGAUAGAAGAGAGACGCUCUAGGAGAAAAGUGGUAGAAAAUCCAGAUAAUUACGUUCAGGAUGAAAAUGUAGUCAACAAUAUGUUUUUUGCACAACAAAUGGUGCCAAACAGCUGUGCUACACAUUCCUUAGUGUCUGUUCUUCUGAACUGCUCAACACUUGACCUCGGACCUACUCUCUCUCGUCUCAAGAUACAUACAAUUGGAAUGAAUCCUGAGAACAAGGGCUGGGCAAUAGGUAAUACACCAGAACUAGCAAAUGCGCACAACUCGCAUGCAGCUCCUCAGGCUCGUCGGCGACCAGACAAAACUCCAGGAGUGCCCACAAGCAGUAGAAUGUCUAAUGCGGAAACUUUUCAUUUUGUUUCCUACGUUCCUGUUAGUGGUCGACUAUUUGAAUUAGAUGGGCUCAAGCCAUUUCCAAUUGAUCAUGGUCCAUGGUCAGAAGGAGAAGACUGGACAGAAAAGUUUCGUCGUGUCAUAACUGACAGGCUUGGUAUAGCUACAGGCGGAGAACCAUAUCAUGACAUUCGUUUCAAUCUCAUGGCAGUAGUACCUGAUAAAAUUACGGCGUAUAGACGAAAACUUGCAGCAUUAAGAAGAAAUAGGGAAACAAUUUUGGAAGCUCUUCAUCAGUUCGUGCGACAGAAAUAUCCCCAGUACAUAGGCAAAGAGAAACCACUACCCACUAACACGUCACAUCCAGAUGAUGAUAUUGAAGAAGGUAACAACCUAUCUCUCUUGGCGGUUGCGGCAUCUCAAAAGCUGGAGGCUCAAGGUUAUGCAGACAUGGCCCUGAAUGAGUCCCAAGAUGCUGCCCACGAGGCCGGGAUACACCAUGCACCGGUCAAGAGAGAGCACACCACUGCGCUACUUGGUAUGCCAUCUGUAGGUAGUAUUUCGGCACCACCAGAUUAUGCCACACCAUUAACCAUAGAGACAUCACCUGGUCCCCCUUCUACUCCAAGCACUGACACGGCAUCAGAGGCAGGAAGUGCCUUUAAUUCCCCACUGGCUAGCAGUGGUUCAAUGCAGAGUAGUCCAGCGACCAGCUGUGAGUACCAACAUCUGGUUGUAGUCCGCCUUACUCCUGCCGCCACUCCUCCAGUGACCCUGGGUGCUGCACCAGUCACCACAACUCAUUCUGUAACAUCCACUACUAAUCCAAGUGCAACUCCAGUUGUUGCCCUUUCAAGCUUUUCCGGAACCAUCGACACGCCUUGCAGUGUAGAGGUACCUAUAUCAGGUGCGGAAUCAUUGCACACAGUUGCUAAAAGAUUGGAGUUUGAAGAUGGAAGUUUAAACAAGUUCUCAAUGGACGAAGAUCCCCAGACACCAUUAACAAGUUGCAAUAAUUCUCCAGUGUUCGAUGGUGGCAUCAAAAUGGAUCCCAUGUCUCUUGAACUAAUGGAAAGCUGUAAUAACCAGACAUUAAGUUCGGAAAGUUAUGAAUCUAGUGCAUUAGGAUCAGAUAUUAAUCUCAAGCAAGAUGGUAAUGAUGUGAAGGAUGAUACAGAAUAUGAUACCAGAUAUAAAAGUGAUUGGGACUCAGACUAUACAAAGUCCCUGGAAGAUGGAACAUUUGCACCCACAGAUCUUCUCACACUUGUCAAUGUACUUGGAACAGAAAUAACAUCAUGUGAAAAUUUACUAAAGGAUGAACUUGACAAAAGAAAACGUUACAAGAUUGACGACAGUAGGAGAACUCACAAUUACGAUCAGUUUAUCAUCACAUUCCUGGCUAUGUUAGCAGAACAAGGUAAAAUGGGGGAUCUUGUGAAACAGCAACUGCAACCAUCAAGAAAAAGACCAGCCCCUGCACCUACCACUCCUAGAGGUUCCAAGACAUCACUAAAAAAGACAGAAUCAAAAACAUCCCCGAAUGCAUCCUCCAAAAAGCGUGGCAGAAAGAAAAAGGCUAAAGGCAAAAGAAAAAGAUGAAACUAUUUUAAUGAAGACAUUCCAGUGAUGGUACCAUUAAGGAGACAGAGUCUUUUUCUAUAAAAGCUUCAUAAUGUAACAAAAACCUUAAUGUUAGAAGUGAGUAGAGCUUCUAACUGUAUAAUUGUAAAUAAAACUGACAUUGAACUCUAUAUGUAAUUGUGUAUCGACAACACUAGUGAUUUCCUUGAAAGUUCUUUCAAGGAAAUCUAAUUAAUUGUUAAAUGACUCUGCAAAUUAAAAGCAAUAUAUUGCACGAUUAAAGUGCACAACAAAAACAUUUGUAAAACAAAUGUAAACAAACUGCAUUAGGGAUUCAAGGACAGGAAGUAAUCACAGAUAGCAAUUGGAGGUAUUGAAGGGGGAACUACUAUAAUUUUUAUUGCUACAUUAUAUACAGUAGAGAUGCAAGCAGGAGUAGUGUUGAUGUUAAGCAUCAUUAUUCUCUAUCAGUUAUACACUGAGCAUGUAUGGUAAGUGAAGCAAAUAGUCAUUUUUCAUUCUAGUUAUCCAUAACAAAAAAUAUACCGUCAGUAUUUGAAGUGAUUAUGUGAUAUAUUAAAUUAGAAUGCUUACAAGCUCAACAUUUUUUGAAUAUGCUUUAGUUUAAGUACAUAUUUAUGAUACAGUUCCAAUAAGAACAGUUGACUUGUUCAUAGCAAUGUACAGAAGAGAUUAACAAACUUUUCUUCAAGUAUCACAAUAGCUUACAACAUAAUCCAUGGAAUUUUUGUAUUUCUUGAAAGUAUUGUAAUUGCACAAAAACAUCUAUGAAUUACUUUUAUUUAAAUUUGUUACAGUCCUGUAGCACAGUGGUCUACGUCCUUGACUCACAACUGAGGGACUCGGGCUUAAUCCCAGGUAGGAUAGAAACAGUGGGGCAAGUUUUCUUUUCAUCUGGUGCCUCUUGUUCAAAGAGUAGUAAAUAGGUACUCAGGAAUUUGGCAACUGUUGUGGGUUGCAUACCUGGAGUUUGUUUCAGGAGUUCUUCUACUCCCCGAGCCCGCCGGUGUCAGGAGGGAGUGUCUGGUACACUUAAUUAUAAGACUUGUCUUCCCCACUCUUCUCACUUUGUCACUGUCAACAAAUCAAGUGGAAUGGUGCUGUGGCCAAUGCGGUUAUCUCUAAAAUCUGGGGGAGCCACUUGUUUGGGGUUCUGUGCUCCCUUGUAGCAGGAUUUAGGUCUGUCUCAGGGGACCUUCUCUCCAAACAUAGGACAUAGGUAGAAUAAGUCACUUGAGGGCUGACCUCUGCGAGUGUAACCAAUCAAGUGGAAGGAUAGAGUGAUUAACUUUCAGCUAAGGAGAGCUUAUUCCUAGACAGGAAAGGGGGAAUAGGAAGAAACAUGAAACAAGAAAGAAUGAGCAACAAUAUCUGAAACAAUGAGAGCUCACAGAGUAAAAAUCUGUCUUCUGGAGGGAGGAAUAGGUGACAAUAAACAAAAUGAAUUUACCCAAAUUUUGGCCAGUCUCAACUUAAGAUUCUCCAGAUUAAUACCCACCAGGAACUCAUAACACUAUGCUACCAAGAUGAGGAUGAAGUAUGCUACCUAGAGCUGAACACCAAGAAGUCAGUAGUCCUCAAGAGACUUGACGAGUCACUCACAGAUGAUACCCCUGAAAGCAUCCUCCAAGACAUAGAAGCAAAAAAUGGAUGGACCAAGCUAGUAGUAGUAAUUCUUAUGCCAAAUAUGAAAUCCAUGAUGAAAGUCAGAUUCGAAGAAAUACCCAUGGCAUAAAAGGCCCUCUACUCGGACAUUUUACUGCAAAUAUUACCACCUGAGCACAAUCAACUAGAAUAUAGAACUAGAAGAAUACUAUGGUAUAACUCGGUGCUGGACCUGAUACAAGUAUGAGCACACAGCUUCAACUUACAAAUCAGAAGAAUGUUAAAGCAUGUUCUGAAUGCGAUCAGCAAGAUCACACUUUCAGGGAGUGCAAAGACAAAAUAAACCCCAAAUGCCUCAACUGUGAGGGGCCGCACUCUACACUGGCAUCCAUUUGCCCAACAAGUAGGAAAACUCCUAAAACAAAAUUAGAGAUUAACCUACAACAAGAAAGAAAGCAGAGGCCAACAGUAUCUAUGCAGCGAUAACUAUGACAAAUACAUGGAUGAAUGAGGCCCGAGAUAGUGUCUCUCUCUCCCCUCCUUAACCCCAUUUCACCCUUCUUUUCCCAAAUCCCCCUUCCCUCAUCUCCCCCCAUUUUCUCCCUUCACCCACCCCAUCUCCCUAUCCUCCCCCCCUCACCCCUCCAAUCUCGAAUAGACAGACAUUUCCAUUUUAUAUAUAGUUUGGCUAAGCAUUUUAUUUUCUGUAAUUAUAUACUCUGCACAUUAAGUAAGAGUUGCACUUCACCAGUGGUGUGAAGGAUAGUGAAAUUUAAACUAAAAAAGUGUGUGUGCCAACACUUAAGUAAAAAUAUUUCUAUAUACAGUAUGCCUAUUAUGUUAUGUUUUGUAUGUUUCCAAUAUUAUUUCACAGCAUAUGUUGUCAUGACUCUUCUGUAUUGAACAAAUCUCACAUGGAAACAUGUACUUAAUGUAAAUUUGAAUUAAAUAUAUUAUUUUUCUACAUUACAGUAACA